AUGGCAGAUCAUUUGUUCAACAAGCAGGCAGCUAAAUAUUCAGAUGCAAGGCCAGGUUAUCCUAGCGAAUGGUUCUCAAUGUUGGCUGCUCUCACCCCUCAUCGCUCUUUAGCUUGGGAUGUUGGCACCGGCAAUGGUCAAGCGGCUAUUGGAGUUGCUGAGCAUUACAAGCAAGUGAUAGCAACUGACAUAAGCGAAGAACAGUUAAAGCAUGCCAUACCACAUCCCCAAGUUCAAUACGUGCACACCCCGUUAACAAUAUCUGGUGAUGAAUUAGUGAGCUUGCUUGGUGGUGAAAACUCAGUCGAUCUGAUCACUGCGGCUACAGCUGUGCAGUGGUUUGAUCUUGACAAGUUCUAUCCGAUCGUGAAGCGUGUUCUACGAAAGCCAGGAGGUAUAAUUGCGGUUUGGUGCUACGGCAGCAUGGAAUUUGGCCCAGAAAUUGAUUGCAUGUUAAGGAGUUUUUUCGAGCUAAGUACACCUUUUCAAAGCCAAAGUUUCAAGAUUGCAUUAGGGGGUUACAAGACACUCCCAUUUCCUUUCGAAAGUGUAGGUGUUGGGUGUGAGGGGCAGCCACUGGAAUUGGACAUGCGAAAGGAGAUGUCAUUUGAGGGACUUCUGAAGUUCCUUAGGUCACUUCCUGUAGUCCAUAUAGCUAAGGAACAAGGUGUUGAUUUAUUGACUCAAGAACUUGUAAAGGAAUUUGAGAAGGCUUGGGGUGAGCCAAAAUUGGUCAAGACUGCCGUCUAUAAGACAUAUAUGCUUGCUGGAAAGGUCAACCUCUAA